GCAACACCAUCUCGACAUCAGGAUGUUGCCGCAAGGCCAACAGCAGUGACACCCCAUCUGCGCAUAUUUCAUACCGAGUAUCUUCUUCUGCUGGGAUGCUCCUCGGAUCAUUCCCGACGGCAAUGCCGGGCGGGCCGGCACCGGCUUGGUACGGCCCCAUCCCGCACCGUCAGGUAUUGCUAUAGAAGUUCUCGCCGGCUACUCACGGGCCCAAUUCCUCAAUCUCAGUUUUUUGCAUAGUGGCCAGAGAUGUCGCGGCCAGUGACUUCAAUUGAGCUUGUGGAAUACUCUGCGCCAGUUACUGCGCCGCCAAGCGUCAAACUGAAGGGAGAUGGUACCCCGUCGACUGGGAGAAAAGAGAAUUCAUAUCCCCGUCCGCCGGCGAAUGCAGUUUCAGCGGAGGUGCAGGAUGCGCCUAGUAAAGGGACCACGGCGAUUGUACUGACGGUGAUUGUGUGUACGACUGGGAUUAGUAGCCUGUUGGCGGGGUUGGUGACGAUUGCGCUGCCGACUAUGGCGAGGGAUUUGGGAUUGGAUGCAAGUCUGCUUCUAUGGCCCAUCUCGAUCUAUGCAUUAACCUGCGGUUGUACCCUCCUCCUACUCGGCUCCAUAUCCGACGUUGUAGGAAGCAGGCCAAUGUACCUGACGGGAUGUGUGCUGCAAUCUUGCUUUACGCUAGCUUGCGGCCUCGCGAAGACGGGCACCCAACUCAUUGUCUUUCGAGCCUUUGCCGGAGUUGCAAUUUCUUUCUGUCUUCCGUCUGCCGUCAGCAUCAUCACGAGCACGUUUCCGGAAGGCAAGAGGAGGAACAUUGCGUUCGCGUCGAUGGGUGCCGGACAGCCUGUCGGGUUUUCUCUCGGCCUUGCACUUGGAGGUGUCUUCACUGAUAGCAUUGGGUGGAGGUGGGCUUUGCAUAUUGCAGCUAUCAUCAACACUGUUGUGUUCGUGAUUGGGUUCUUUGGCCUUCCCAAGGUCGAUGAUAAGCAGGAUAAUAUGCUGGCCCGUCUCAAGGACGAGAUUGACUGGGUUGGUAUUACUAUUGGUGGCUCUUGCCUGGCCAUGUUAUCCUAUUCUUUUGCAUCCAUCACUGGAAGCACCUCCAACAUCAAAACUCCCGGAACCCUUGCUUUGCUCAUCCUCUCCAUCGCCCUGAUCCCCACAUUCAUCUUCUGGGUAGGACGUCAAGAGAGGACAGGCCGCCCAGCCUUGAUCCCCACCUCCCUCUGGCGCAACCGCAUUUUCAGCUGCAUCUGUCUCGGCGUCUUCAUCACCUGGGGCGUCUUCAACGCCAUUGAAUCGUACAUCACGUUGUUCUUCCAGGAAGUGCAGGGCGUCUCCGCUCUCGAGACCUCCGUACGCUUUCUACCUGCUCCGAUCUCUGGAGCCCUGAGCAACGUCGUUAUGGGCUUGAUUGCGCACAGAGUUAAAGCGGACAGGGCCGUUAUCUUCGGAAUCAUCUUGACGACCGGCGCCUGUCUACUCAUGGCCGUCAUCCAGCCGAGCUGGUCAUACUGGGCCUGCGCUUUUCCGGCCGUCUUCCUCAAUCCCAUUGGCGCCGAUCUGCUCUUCACGAUCUCGAAUCUGGUCAUCACAUCUCUGUUUCCCGCAAAGACGCAGGCCCUGGCUGGAGGUGUAUUCAACACUAUUGCGCAAGUCGGAAAGAGCGUAGGGCUAGCGACCAGUUCGGUCAUUGCCAACAGUGUGACAGCGCAGAGCACGCUCAAGGACAAGGAGUCGCCCGAGGCGUUGAUGGAGGGGUUCAAAGCGGCGUUUUGGUAUCUCUUUGCGCUGAGUUGUGUGACGGGGUUGAUGUUUGCUUGGGGGUUGAGGGGUAUUGGGAGGGUGGGGAUGAAGAGGGAGUAA